UAACAACCGCUGCUAGGGAGCUCCAGCCGGGAUGUGAGCUGAACAUGACUUAUAAUCCGCGCGUUCCGCAGCACCGGGCGGCCAUGGCAGCUGUCGUCAGAUCCAGAGCAUGUAACCUGAUCGUGCUUAUCGCCCAGUGACACAGCUUACGCACAGGUACCACUUGUUUGGGCCCGGCUACCGACUUCUGAGAUAGACUACUUCUUAUCAGCAACUUGUUUGGAAAAUCCUUGAUUUCCUUAUAAGCAAGGCACCCUCGCCUCUAGUAACCAGUGCCAAUUGCUGGUGCAACAGCAGUAGCGACAACACCAUGAACGCCCCAAACCUUCUGACGAUACCCAUUGAGUUGCGCGAACUCAUAUACGGCUUCCUCUUCAGCAGUUACACCAUCCGACAUGGCUUUAAACAUGCCGGUGCCCCUAGCGACGACGCAGAGCCUUCUAAUCGCAUAGCGCUCCUGCUCAGCUGUCGCCAGGUCUUCGCCGAGGCGCAUCGCCAUCUUCCACUCAACUGCACUCUAGAUUUCCGCGGCACAGAGAAUCUACUCGAAACACUCCUCUCCGUUGAUCAGAGCGUAGUGACGCGACUCCGCCACGUUCGAGUUCGUGCGUAUCCUUUCCCGUUGUACUCCUCAGGGAGCUCGCAAUACUACCCUACAUACUAUGCAGCGAAUGCCUUUACACUGCUCCCUGGUCUUUGUCUGGAUACGUUGGUUGUAGAGGAUUGCUGGCAUGGUUUCGGUCUGGGUGAUGCUUGGCGAGAUGUCACAACUUACUUCGACAUCGAGACUCUUCUGAACAGCGACGCUUGGAAGGAACUGACGUACAUCACACCAUGUACCGAUUUCAUUGCCUCGGGCUACGACCAUCGGCGCAAACGGUUGGCGCAACCCGAGAACUGGGAUGCGCUUAUCAAAGAACGCGAUGGAGAGAAGUAUGGCGCAGAGGUCAAGAUGUAUAUCGUUCCUUAUGCGCAGCACACGGCGACUGGGGACGAGAAGACAGAAGACGGGCGCAUAAUGCAGCCAUGGGCAGCAAAGCCAGGCCACGAAGUCAACGAGAAUUGGCGCAUCGCGGGACCGGAGCAGGACAUGAAGGGCGAGGUGAGGAUUAUCGCAAAGAGAGGCAAGAGGUCGAGAGCUGUACAGCUUGGGCUUGCCGGAAAGAGGACCUGGGAAGAGUUGAAAGGAAAAGAAGCAGGCGGCUUUGCUCCUGAAGGAUGGAUACCGUACCACAAUGACAUGGCCGAUGCAGUUGGUUGGAUAUAUGGGGGCCACGGGAGGAGGAUGCAACUCGCAAACGCUGCCUUACACAGCUGACUACAUCGAUUCACAACGCAGCCUGUCUACGCGCCUUGGAUGUCAACCACGCCAACUCACACCUGAGGGUGGUAAAAUUAGCGGCCCCAU